AUGCCUGUCCGGACAUUCAAGAUUGGCUAUGCCUCUGGCCAAAACCGCGGACGCCAGGCCUCUGCAGAUUCAAGUGCCUCACAGAAUUCUGGAACAGUUGCUAAUUUGAUUGAACCAUUUCCAGCUCCUCUGAGUCCGCCUCUCGAAAAGAAUACACCCCCACCAAACAUCCCCCCUUCCCGAUACAACAUGCCAUUCUUUAACGGCAAGGUGAAGUCGGUGCUGAGUGGUGACAGUUUGAUUAUAACUGCACCCAAAAAUCCGAACGCCGUGCGAACUUUCUCCCUUGCUUACUGCACGGCACCCCACUUGAAGAAGGAUGCAGAUGAAAUAGGAGCCCUAGAGUCUCGCGAUGCCUUACGGGAGCUGGCGGUGGGGAAAGACAUUCAAUUCCAGGUCCUCUACACCAUUCCGAACACAAAGCGCGAGUACGGAGUUGUGGUUUUGAAUGAUGGACGUCGACUGCCUGAGGAGAUGGUGAAGGAGGGGUGGCUCAAGCUGAGAGAAGAUGCUGGCCGAAAGGAAGACUCGGAAGAAGCACUUCAGCAAUUGGAUCACCUUCGCCUUCUCGAAGCAAAGGCUCGCAAUGACGACAAAGGUCUCUGGUCACCGGAUCUCGCUCGCAUCGAUGUUCAGAACGACCUGGGCGACUCGCAGGCCUUUUUGGAGACCUACAAAGGAAAGACCCUUGAUGCAAUAGUUGAACGCAUAUUGAGUGGCGACCGCAUGCUUGUUCGCCUACUGAUUUCCCCGACCAAGCACAUUCUUGUCAUGACAUUGGUUGCUGGAAUUCGUGCUCCUACCACUGAACGUGUGAAUCCAUCGAACAAUCAAACUCAGCCGGCCGAAAAGCACGGAAAUUCUUCGCGACAAUUUGUCGAGACCAGACUAUUGCAUCGAAAAGUGAAGAUCGACGUUCUAGGUCUCAGCCCGCAGGGCCAGCUGAUUGCAUCCGUCAAGCAUAUUCAACACGGCUCGAUUGCAAAGCAUCUUCUGGAAGCUGGUCUUGCUAGAUGCACAGAUUUCCACUCCACCCUUCUUGGAGCAGACAUGGCUCCUCUGCGGGAUGCUGAGAAGGUAGCCCAAUCAGCAAAGCUAGGAGUUUUCGAGGACCACGUUGCAAAGGCCGUGGGCCCAGGAGGAAACUUGGAGGCUCAAGUGACGAGAGUUUUCAGCGCUGACGUUAUCUUCGUCCGAAAUCGAGCGGGUGUUGAGAAGCGAAUCAAUAUUAGCAGUGUUCGAGGCCCUCGACAAAACGAAGCAACUGAGGCACCCUUCCGUGACGAAGCUAAGGAGUACCUUAGAAAGAAGAUUAUCGGAAAGCAUGUUAGACUAAGCAUCGAUGGGUCACGACCUGCUGCGGGAGAGUAUGAUGCUAAGGAGGUUGCUACCAUCACAUAUAAUGACAAGAACAUCGGCCUGCUUCUGGUGCAGGAAGGGUGGUGUUCAGUUGUCCGACAUCGCCGAGAUGACACAGAUCGAGCUCCGAAUUACGACGAAUUAUUGGCCGCACAAGAGACAGCAAAGGAAGAGAAGAAGGGGAUGUGGUCUGGCAAGCCGGCCAAGGCAAAGCAGUAUGUCGAUGCUUCGGAAACUCUUCAAAAGGCCAAGAUCCAGCUUUCUACUUUGCAACGCCAAAAGAAGAUUCCAGCAAUUGUCGAUUACGUCAAGGGGGGUUCAAGAUUUACCGUUCUCAUUCCUCGCGAGAACGUCAAGCUGACCUUUGUUCUUGGCGGUAUCCGAGCUCCUAAAUCUGCUAGAGGUGAGAAGGACAAGGGCGAGCCUUUCGGCCAGGAAGCACACGACCUUGCCACCAAACGCUUGACUCAACGCGAUGUUGAGAUCGAUGUGCACAAUGUAGAUAAGGUCGGUGGCUUCAUUGGUGAGCUCUACAUCAAUAAGGAGUCUUUUGCCAAGAUUCUAGUGGAGGAAGGAUACGCAACCGUCCAUGCCUAUUCAGCCGAGCAGUCUGGAAAUGCCACCGAGCUACUUGCUGCUGAGCAGAGAGCUAAGAAAGCCAGAAAGGGUCUUUGGGUCGACUGGGAUGAAUCCAUGGAUAUCCCGGAAGAAGAAGCAAGCCCCGCGAAUGGUACGAAUGGUCACGAAACCAUUGUUCCCCGAGAGAAGGACUACAGAGAUGUCCUUGUUACUCACAUCGACGAAAAUGGCAAGUUGAAACUUCAAACGAUAGGCCAAGGGACCGCGAAACUCGAAACCAUGAUGAGCCAAUUCAAGUCGUUCCAUCUGAAUCCCGCCAACAGCAAGGGACUGGAGAAGGACCCCAAGGCAGGAGACUUCGUGGCGGCCAAGUUUACGGAGGACAAUCAAUGGUAUCGCGCCCGCAUUCGCUCCAAUGACCGCGCGGCCAAGCAAGCUGAGAUUGUCUACAUUGAUUAUGGCAACAGCGAGAAGAUGCCUUGGUCCCGCCUUCGACCUUUAUCACAGGCUCAAUUCUCGACUCAGACACUUAAACCACAAGCAGUCGACGCUGUCCUGUCUCUUCUCCAAUUCCCGACUAAUACGGAUUAUCUGCAAGAUGCUAUUCGUUUCCUCGGCGAGGCAACUGAAGGCAAGGAGUUGGUUGCCAAUGUUGACUAUACUGCACCAGAAGGCACACUCUACAUCACCCUCUACGAUCCAACCGUCAGUGAGAAGCUGACAGAUAGUAUCAAUACGGAGAUCAUCACCGAAGGUCACGCCAUGGUACCGCGAAAGUUGAAAGCAUGGGAGCGCGGCUUCGGCGAUGUCCUGAAAGUUUUGAGGGAGAGAGAGGAAGAGGCCAUUGAAGCACGUCGGAGUCUCUGGGAGUACGGCGAUCUGAGAGACGAUUAG